AUGUCGAGCGAUGAAGACGCAUACGAACCAGCAAGACUUAGUCAUAGUCCAACACCAGAACGUGAAACUAUUCGAAAAACAAUAAAUAAAAAACCUGAAGAAAUUAUUCAACCAGAAACAAGAAUUAUUCCACCACCACGUUUAAGAACAUCAUCAUCACCAUCAUAUCGUUCAUCUAGUCGUUCAAGAUCUACAUCAACAGAAUCAAUACGAUCGACUGAAAAACCUUAUCAGGAUUUAGAUGCAUUAGAUGAUAUUGAUAAUUCAAAAACUCGUGAUAUACUUUCAUCUCGACCAACAACAUCUUAUCGUGAUCUAACUGAUGAUCAUUCAUUAUCAUCAUCAUCAUCUCCACCACCAUUAUCUAAUCAAAUUCCAUUAUCAAAUCUAUCUUUAAAUGAACCAAAAAUAUUCGAUGAAAAUAUUGAAGAAGAACAAGAAAAUAAUACGAGUUCAAAAGAAACAUUUUAUAAUCAAAUUAUUCCAUAUCCUAUUGUUAAUAACUGUGAAAGUACACAUAGAAAUUUCCUAAUGAAAAAUAACUAA